AUGGUUUCUAUCAUCACAAAUAUCUACGAGAUUGACGCCCAAUCUCAUUUAACGGAUCAGGAGAUCUGUGCUAUUUCAUUUGCUUUAACAUUCAAGGAACUCAAUGGAGGCUGGGAUAAGAAUCAAAUUCUCCCUGUAUUGGCUUUUACCUAUAUGGUGCCAAACCACGGGAGAAUCCUACAAGCCACGUAUGACGGGACAAAGGUCAGCAUACAGCAUUCGGAGAUCUGGGACUUCGAGGCGCAAAGUCCGGCGACAAGAGAACUGUUUCUUCGGUACUAUUUGAGUGAAAUAGUCGAAACUCGAGUACCAAAUAGGUGA